UGCCUACUGCUAAAAUGAACCGAGUACACACUCUUCCGCAGCACGCUUUUGCAUUCUCUUCUUUAUAAAUACACCAUGCCGCUCUCUCUUUAAAACCCAACAAGAACAAGAAGUCUUAUGGCUGAAGUUGGUGAAACUUCUUCCCAAAAACUCUCCCAAGAUGUCUGGGCAAAGCUUGUACCAUCUGAUUCCAGAUAUUGUGACGUUGAAAUAAGCUCAAAUGAGGUGGUUAUUUGUUCAGAGAUUAUAUCUUCUUCCCUUGACAAACAUGAAUGGUGUAAAAUAACUAGAAAUUCUGAUCACUCAUCUGCCACAUUGCAAAAUAAGAGUUCAAAUGCAAUACUUGUCGAUGAGGCUAUUGUUCAAAAUGAAGAGGUUGUUGAUAUCACCUGUGGAACUGAAAUCAUUCCUGGCCCGGAUAGAGUAGGAUAUUUGAACUAUAGAUUUAAAGUGAUGCCGAGAAAAGAAUCCUGCAAGCAGCAGUUAAAGAUUCCCAUAGAUGUUGAGCAUGCAAAAUGCUGCAUCUGCUUAAAUGUUUGGCAUGAUGUUGUUACAGUUGCCCCUUGCUUUCAUAAUUUCUGCAAUGGAUGCUUCUCUGAGUGGUUAAGGAGAUCACAGGAUAAACGUGCAACAGUACUCUGUCCCCAUUGUAGAGCAGUUGUACAAUUUGUUGGGAGAAACCAUUAUUUGCGUAAUGUUGAGCAGAGUAUAUUACAAGCUGAUUCUUCACUAAGGCGUUCUGAUGAAGAAAUUGCUCUUCUGGAUUCCUAUACAUCAAUAAAAUCAAAUCUUGUCAUCAAGAGUGGAAAGAAACUCCAACGGAAGAGGGCACAUUCCUCUGAAGAUGAAAAUGACAGCAUAUCGCUUCCAUGCCCUCAAUGUGGUACUGAAGUUAGUGGGUUCCGCUGCAACCCGAACACAGUUCAUUUGCAAUGUCAUGCAGUGGAGGGAAUGAUGCCUUCCAGAAAUGAUAUUAAUGUGCCACAACACUGUAAGUGUGUUGGAUGUGAUAGAGCGUUUUGUGGUGCUUACUGGCAUGCUCAAGUGGUUAAUAGAAGUGACAUUCACCCUAUGUGCAGUCAUGAUACUUUCAAACCUAUCUCAGAACGUACUCUCUCUAGGAUUCCAUUCGUUGCACAUGUGAAUCGGCAUGAACAAGAUAUCACAGAGAGGUGUAUUAGACAAACUGGGAGAACAUUGCAGGAUGUUAUAUCUGAUUGGAUUGGGAUCAACAAUAGAGAAAUUGAUCGAACAAGGUUGCCUCUGAAUCAUGCAGAAGCGAUAACUGCUGGGACACAUACUUGCAAUGAGUGCUACGAUAAAUUGGUUUCAUUUCUGCUGUACUGGUUCCGGAUUACAACACCGAAAUAUUGCCUACCAGAGGAUGCAAGGCAAAGGGAAGAUUGCUGGUAUGGACACGCAUGUCGUACACAGCACCACAAUGAAGAACAUGCACGCAAAAGAAAUCAUGUUUGUCGUCCCACUAGAGGCACUCACUGAAUUCUUCAGCUAUCAUGUUUAUUUUUAUUGGUGUUUGUAUAUUAUGGCAUCUAAGAAAGUGGUUUAAAACUUAGGUCAGACGGUCGUUUGUGUAUACAUCCAAUAAAUAUAUAUAUAUUUUUCUAAAAAUAUAACAACAAAAAAUGUAUUAUGAGUUUAUUUUAAGUUGUCUAGUUUUAA